CAGAGGUAAAGCCAAGCCUUGGGUUCGAGCCUCUAUCAAGGACAGCAAGCCAAGUUUGUUUAAUAUUAACCAUCAGGACUGGAUGGGCAGGAGAACUUGUGAAUCAAAAAUGUUAAGUAACUUUGUUUGCACUAUUCAAGCCAUGUUUUUUUCUCUCUGUUUUUUAUCCAAGAGAUUUUAAGAAAUUAAACAUUAACAUUUAGCAACAAUAGCCGCGUUUGCACUGUCGGGCCAAAAAGUGGGCAUGCUAGUGCGUGCCAGGGCCAGUCGCAUUUCCACUGUCACUUCCGGGGCUUGAUUGUGCCUUGUCAGUGCUUCCUCGGGGCCAACAGCCAGGGAUUUUUUGCCCGACGAAAACCUUGGGCCAAAGCGGGCCAGCUGGGGCUAGAUGAGUGGAUCAUUUCAGAAUGCUUACAGCUUACACUAGCAUUAAAAACUUUUAAAAUAAGUUGAGCUCAAAACUCACUUUCAGUCAGCAGGAGUGUUUGAAAUAACUUGAGCCGAUGUAGAUUAUAAUCACCAUACACGGCAGAAAUAUUUAUAAGCGAUGCAAAAGACUUUUCACGCUAGGCAUUAACAAUAGUAAACAUGGUAAAUAUGACCACUGGAGAAAUCAGACGUCAGCUUCUUAUUCUCUAUCUAUGUAUUUAUUUAGUAACAUAUUUUAUCUGUCUGAAGUCUCAUCUCGAAAGUUUAGCUCCGCGUUGCCAUGUCAUAAAAAUAUAAUAAUGGUUUUUGUUCGGGAGCUUUUGCAUAGUAUAAAAUUAUUUGACCAACUAGUUGCUAAGCGGAACUGAGUCUUACUUUUCCAAUACAAAUACGACCAAUCUACCUUUUCAUAACUAAUUUAAAAAAAGUUAUGAUCAGUCUUAAAGAAACUAAUUUUGAUGACUAGAUCUAAACAGUUUAUGAAACCAGCCCCCAGUGUUCUUGUGACAAGACAAGCAGAUUGGAUUUAUUUAUUUUUUUUAAAUCAAUGAUGUUAUUAAGGGUCUUAUUCAAAUGUAUUAGUGUAAUAAAAUUUGACAACGUGUUUAUAACCACUUAAAUGAGGCACCUCAUAUUGCUGAGAUCAGGCAUUAAAUUGAUUUGGGAUGUGCCACAGCUACAGUGUUAUAUCUCAUUAGUUCUGACAAAUGCAUGUGGGUGGCCACCAAAUAAGUCACAGUUUGUUUCUAGAUUGUUAAUUGUGUCUCCCAAUGAGAAACCAUUAGGUAAUUUGACAAAGAUACAUGGGGGGUGUGUGUUCCCAGUGUCAACUUUCUGAUUCAGAAAUUAAUCAGGGCUAACUGUUCCUUAAUCUUCUGAUUGCCAAAUAUAGAUUUCUCUAUACCCCCAACCUUCUGUGACAUCAGAGAGAUCAGUGGAUUCCUUGAAAUGUAUAGCCUUAAUAAAUCAUCCUGUGUUGACCACCUCUGUGAUAUUUCAAAGCGAGUACAAGGCAAUUAAAUCGUUUCACACAUAUUAAAAAUACCAAUGGAUUAUUAAAGAAAAACAUGUUAAAUAUUUGUUUCAGUUAUAUUUGUUUUGGGUUUCAGGCAUGCAAUGUGACUAUAGACAGGGAUGUAUCUUAUAUUGUGGAUCACAUACUUUCAGAUAAAAAGGAAGGUACCUUUAGACAUUGGGGCGGUACACACAAAAUAUGAAUAUUAAAAAUGAUAAUAUUAAAUUGUAUCUGUUUAAUAUAUAAAAAGUAUAUAAAGUUAAAUAAGAAUAUUUAAUAAAUAUAGAAUAGAGCAAAGAAAACAACUGGUCUAUCAACCGGAAAAAACACUGCAGCAGUUUUAUUAUACAUUAAUGUAAUGCAAUGUCUUCUUUUAUUUUAAGUACUCUCAAUUUAUCUUCUUGCUUUCACUGGGGAGACUGAUUUUCAAAGUGGUCAGUCAUAAAGUGUUGCAAAAUAUAUUUGUCUGCUGAAUGCAGCGACUGAUAAAUCAGAAUCAAGAAUUAGACGGCGCUGCGCUGUAUAAAUAUAAAAUGUUAUUAACUUCCUUUCAAGAUUGAGAGACAGCAGAGGUUCCCCAUUUCAAAGGUCAAAAGUUAUUUUAAACUGACACUGACAUGAACCCUAACUUGCAUAUCAUAAAUAGUAUGACAAAACUGUCUUGACAGUCUUCACACAUCUCUUCUCUGAUUUUCACUUCCCUUGUGUAAUCUAGCCUAGUGUCAAUCUAACAUAAUAAUCUAUCACUUAAUCUUGUUUUUCAUGCUUCAUAUUACAGUACAUAAACCAUUCUUUAGUGUUAUACCUCUGUAUGCAAGUGUAACAAUCUGUGCUUGUUUAUCUUGUUGUUGUCCUUGCACUGAGACUGUUAAGAGACAUUAUAAUGCUACUUUUCUAGCAUUAAUGUCAAAUACAUGAGCAUUAAUGUUUCUGUAUGUUUACAUAUGUGCAUUUGGCUGGUGACAAGCAGGCAUCUCCGUUAUGUAACCUGUAAAGUUGGCUGACUGAGAGAGUAACAUGUCAACAUGGCAAUAAGAUAACUUUUAAUUUAUCGAGAGCCUAGACAGGUUUAUGAGGGUUCCCUCUUAAGUAUCAAAAAGUAGGAUAUAGUUAGGCCUAGCUAUCCAAGAACGGUUAUGAAACCCUCUAACCACAGGUCAACCACAUUAUGACAUGAACCAAUGAUGGUAAAGUGCGUGUUGUACAAUGACUUUCAGAAGAAUUUGGAAGACUUUUAAAAAUAAAUGUGUGUCUUGUCAUAUAGUUCUCGGUGAGAGGCCGAGAUUAUUGUCGAGCAACCAAAAUUGUGCAAGUUCAGUGUUCAAUACCUAAAAGAUCUCGUUCGAGGUUGCUGUCCUCCUCAGGGGAAAGCGACUGUCAGUGUUUAUUUAGCGCUUUAUCAACCUUGUAACGUUUGUGGCAAGUCUGGCAAGACUUAUAUUUCAUUUGGGUCGGUUUUAAAUUUAUAUUAGAGAGAGAGGGCGAUUUUCAAUCAAGCGAGAGUCUUGUCUGUCGAAUAACGGGCGUAGUGGCGUCACAGCUUUUGAGAGGAACCACGUGUUCUGCAAAAAAUAGCCGGUCACGGUUUCCCUCGUGAGGCAGCGCUCAACCAGAACUGACCGGUAAGAUUGCAGACUACCAGGCUCAUAAGUCGCAGCUGUCAACCGGUGCUGUCCUUCUCGUCGAAAACAUGGUGAAAAAGGCUAGAAGUCCCGUCACUUACGCAAAAAUGAAGGGAAUAGUUUCAUAUUUUACAGCUUUAAUUAAGGACAAGAAGCUUCGAUCCAGCCACCCUAUCUAUCGACAGAUGGAUUUCUUUCGACCUGAGGGUAGUCUUUCUGAAGCUGAUGGAGCAGCAGCUAUUCUUCCUAAGGUUUACAGUAAUCCACAACCAGAGGAGUCACAGUCUCGGGUUUCUGUUGCUGAUUUUGACUACUUGAAGGUGAUCGGGACAGGAAGCUUUGGCAAGGUGUUCUUGGCCACACAAAGAGAGAAUGGCAGAUAUUACGCAGUCAAAGUUCUAAAGAAACACAUCAUCUUAACAAGGAAGGAGGAAAGAAAUGUCAUGUGUGAGCACAGAGUGUUGUUAAAGACUCUUAAUCAUCCAUUCCUGGUGAAGCUCCACUUCAGUUUUCAGACUAAGGACAGUCUCUAUCUUGUGCUGGACUAUGCAUGUGGAGGAGAGCUCUUUUACCAUUUGCAGAGAGAGGGGGUCUUUGGAGAACCCAGAGCCAGAUUUUAUGCUGCUGAGAUGGCAUGUGCUUUAGGAUACUUACACUCCCUGAAGAUUGUCUAUAGGGACCUGAAACCAGAAAACAUUCUGCUGGAUUCUGCAGGUCAUGUGGUUCUGACCGACUUCGGCUUGUGUAAGGAGGGAAUGAGUAGACGUGGCACCACCACAACCUUUUGUGGAACGCCAGAGUACUUGGCACCUGAGGUUCUCCUGCAGAAGGAGUACGACAGGACUGUGGACUGGUGGGGUUUGGGAGCUGUCCUUCAUGAAAUGCUCUAUGGCUUGCCUCCUUUCUACAAUGCAGAUCGUCUUGAGAUGCUCCGAAAUAUUAUUUAUCAGCCAUUGGUAUUAAAACCCAGAGUCUCUAGUGGAGCCAGAGAUCUGCUGAAGAGACUGCUAAACAGGGACAGGGCCAAGAGACUAGGAGCAAAACGUGACCUGACCGAGCUGCAGUCUCAUCCUUUCUUCUUGUCUAUUAAUUGGGAUGAACUUGUUGCAAAGAAAAUUCCUCCUCCUUACGUUCCCUUAUUGUCUGGUCCUGGUGACCUCACAAACAUCGACCCUCGGUUUACAGGACUUCCUGUUCCGCAGUCGCUAGGAGCAUGUCAGGAAUACGGAGCAACCUUUCCUGGCUUCACCUACAUCAGUGAAAACAUUCUCCCGCUGACUCGUGGACAUUAAGACAGAAUAGACAUUUUGUCUGAACAUGUUUUUAAACGCAAACACUGAAGCACAGUUCAUUUUUGUGUUAGCCGGACCAAUGCUUUUGCACAUGACUACAAAUUUUCUAUCAAACAUGACUGUGUUUUCCUAACAUUCAUGUUAUUUAAUUCAUUUUUUAGCCCUAUUUAAUAAUAAAUAUAUAUAUAUGUACUGAAAUACAACGAUUAGUGAUGUUCUGACAAUAACUGUGAUGACAUGAAGUGAGACUACAGGUUGCAUCAGAUGUUUGAUUGUAAAGGUUGUGAGAAGGAAUGGAUAUUAAAUCUCAAUGUAAUUACAACUGUGUGAAGUAUUAAGAUGGUAUUUGGUACGUGUUUUUGAACAAAUGAUCUGAUCGGUAAAAGAAUGUCAAUCAAUUUUUUUUAGU